UAGCCAGUGGUCGUGGUGUGCUGCUGUUGUAUCAACCAUUGGAUAUUAGUAAAGACUGUGCUUUUUCACAACGCCUGAGAUAUGACAUUACGUAUGGAAUGGGAAUUCUGGAAAUAGACAAGGAUAGAAAGGGAUUCUAGACGGAAAUGUUUGGAUUGGAGUUUUUGAUUUUAUGGCCAUUUUAGUGUCGGUUGCCUUAAGAAGGUAAACGCACUAAUAAAGAACCUAUGAGCUAUUCCGAACCAUGAAAGAGGUGGAUUAUGAAUGUGAAGUAGAUAUAGUUACAGAGAAACGAUUUGAUUUAUACCUCUUGAUCGUCAUAAGGUUCCCUAACAACAUCUUGACAAAUUGUCAUCUGAAUCCAGAUGCCUUCACACUCUAUAAUCAAGAUCAGUGUUUACGACUUUGUGACCAUUUGUACGCUGAUAGUCCCAGAUCCAUGUCUACUUAUUUUACUGCUAGUUUGAAGGGGAAAAUGCGAUUUCGCUUUGUUAGCAAUUGCAGUAUUAAUUCUGAGAUGAAUGCUAAUCUGUAUGAAGUUACAGCGACUUCCGCGCGAAUAAAGGGCAAUAAGCAUUGCAAUUUGAGUAACGAGAGCUUGUGCAUUAUGGGAAAUAUUCACUACUGCUUUACCAGUGGCGUUGCUUGCGAUGGUAUCAAAAACUGUGGAGUAUCCGAUUGGUUUGAUGAGCGUAGGUCUGAAUGCGGGCUGGCUUCGGAAAUCCUCGGUUACACACCCGUUCUCGCAGUAUGUGGCGCUGUUACAUGCAUGUUGCUCGCAGCUACGCACGUCGUUAGGCAGUGUCUUUCACCACCAACAAAUUCCUUUUUCAUCUUUAACGCAAACGAAGACAAUAGACUGUGCGUGGACACCGUUUUAAGACCACCUGACGAAGAUCCACCACAGGAAGAACAAUCAAAGCGGACGACUUCACCCUCAAUAACGACAUUAAGUAGUUAAGUACUUAAUUACCCUCGUAUUUGGUAGCAAUGUAAACGU